AUGGCCUUGAUUCGUUGGGACGUGUUCGAUGGGAAGUUGCUGAAGUUACACGGUCUAAAAUGUUGCUAUUUUUGCUGGGGAGGUAGUGGGGGAGGCGGUGGCAGCAGUGGAGGGGGCGGUGGCAGCAGUGGCGGAGGUGGUGGCAGCAGUGGCGGAGGCGGUGGCAGCAGCGGUGGUUGUGGCGGCGGCGGUUGUGGGGGUACAAGCACAAAUCACGGCCGUAUAGCUGAUAAUGCUAGACGGUAUAUUGGGUCUACAGAGUACAGUUUUGGGUCAGACUAUGGUCCGGGCCGUAAUACAAAUAAAUGCAACUUCUUUGUACAUGAUGUUUUGGUAGAAAGUGGAGCCUCGGCUCCAGAAAGACGUCCUUCGUGGGUUCCGGGAUCGUACCCGAUCAGUGCCGAAUCGUGGGGGAAUCGACAUGAAAUUAAAUCCGGCUGGAGAGUGGUGGGCACCGAUCCGUCCGAGGCACAGCGUGGUGAUGUCGCUGCCGAUGGUGCGCAUGUCGGUAUUGUCAGUGGGAAUGACAAAACAAUAAGUGCUAGCGCCAGGGAAGAUAAGGUAGUUGAAAACGACUGGGGAUUUCGCCAGCAACAGCUUGGCAAAGUUAUCUUCUAUCGAGAAGAAUGA